CUUCGCUGCAUCACGCCCUCGUAGUACGGUCUGACCUCUCAUCGUCAGAAAAUGCCGGAACUCCCAGAGGUCGAACGAGCCAGGCGACUGGUCCACGAUAACCUCCUGAACAAGAAGAUUGUCCGGGUCGACACGACUGUAGAUGAUAUCGUAUAUAAUGGCUGCAGCAACACCGAGUUCGCCGAAAAGCUGAAAGGACAGACGGUAAAGGAUACGGGCCGGAAAGGCAAAGUGUUCUGGUUCAUCUUUGACAAAGUGCCCAAUGCCGUGUUGCACUUGGGCAUGACCGGAUCCGUCAGGAUAAAAGGCCAACCGGGCCUCCACUACGAAGACUUCUCCACAUCCUCCUCAACCUGGCCGCCCAAAUUCCACAAAUUCGUGCUCGUCUUCUCCACCGGUGAAGAGCUCGCCUUCACCGACCCGCGGCGACUCGCGCGGAUUCGGCUCGUCGAUGGGGACCCACAUGAUUUCCCGCCCGUCUCGGAAUUGGGUUUCGAUCCGUAUUUGGAGAUGCCUGCUCUUGACGUGUUCAGUGGGUUGGUGAAGGGGCGGAAGGUUCCGGUGAAGGCGUUGAUAUUGAAUCAGUCGUUUAGUGCUGGAGUGGGCAACUGGGUUGCUGAUGAGAUCCUUUACCAAGCCCGCAUCCAUCCCGCGCAAUACACCAACACGUUGACGGAAGCCGAGAUCGCGGCGCUGUAUGAGCAGAUGGCCUUUGUGGUCAAGACGGCUGUUGAGGUGAAUGCGGAUAGCAGCCGGUUUCCGGAUAAUUGGAUAUUCAAGCAUCGGUGGGGAAAAGGGGCAACGAAAGCGCGUGAAGCGACGCUACCCGACGGCAGCAUCGUCAGAUUCGAAACAGUGGGUGGACGGACGUCGGCCAUCGUACCUGCCGUGCAAAAGGUCCACGGAGACGCAGGCGCCGGAGGCCGAAAGUCGAAAUCAAAAGUCGAGAAAUCCGAACCGGCGUCACCCGAUUCCUCAGCUCCCGUCAAACCAUCACGGACGAAAAAACGCAAACCCACACGCGAGGACGCUGACGACGAUCCGUCCCCAAACUCCCCACCUCCCAUCAAAUCACGGACAACGAAAAAACGCAAAGCCAAAAGCGAAGACGCUCAAGCCGACCCACCUUCGGACAGCGCCGCCGACGACGGCAAUGAGGAGGAAGACGGCCCAAAACUACGACGCUCAAAACGAAAGCUGAGCAUCAAAGUGGAACCAGUAGACGAUGCUGAGCCGGCGAAGAAGGAUGCAACUUCACGUGGACGCAUACGGAAGGUUGAGGGUGUGAAGGAGGAAGGGCCAGCUGCCAAAUCGCGGCGGGCAAAAUCUGAGAAAGAAGUUGUAGCGGCGGAAGUAGGUUCAUCCGCGCGGGGGACGAGGGCACGGCGUAAGGGAUGAUGGUGGAGCGGCCACAUCGGUUUUGAGUUGGUUUCCGUUGCAAGUCGCACAUAUUUUUGGUUCACAUCAUGGUACCCACUUCUCUCAUUGACUUGAUCGCGGUCAUGGGCGAGAUCUAAGCAGCGUGUCAACCCAGUCGGCGUAGUUAAUAAUGCC